AUGCAUUUCUCCACCAUCUUCACUGCUUCCGCCAUGGCUGGCGCCGCUCUCGCUGCCGAGCACACUAUCGCCGUUGGUGACAAGGCUGGCAACCUGGUCUUCAAGCCCGACAGCAUCAUGGCUGCUGAGGGUGACACCGUCACCUUCAAGUUCUGGCCCAAGAACCACUCUGUCGCCCAGGCCACCUUUGCCAACCCUUGCCAGCCCAUGUCCAACGGCUUCUGGUCCGGAUUCGUGCCUACUUCCGAUGCCGAGAAGGUUGCCACGACCACUUUCACAUACGAGGUUACCAACGCUUCGGCUCCCAUCUGGUUCUACUGCACCCAGGGCAUGCACUGCCAGAACGGCAUGGUCGGUGUCAUCAACGCUCCUCAAUCUGGUGCUAGGACACUCGAGGCUUUCAAGACUGCUGCAAAGGCUGCCACUGGCAACGUCUCACCGUCAUCCACCGCUGGUACUGGCGGCAACCUGACUGAGAGCGAGAACAGCACAUCAACCGAACCAUCUGGCUCACCUUCUUCCUCCGCAUCCUCAUCCGCAUCCGCACCGCAAUCAACCGGUGCUGCCUCUCACGUUGCUGGCAGUGCCCUGUUCGCUGGUCUGGCUGGUGCCUUUACAUUCUUCAUGCUCUAA